AGCUACUUUAAAGAUUCCAAAUUUCAAUACAAAAACCAUCAAUUCCUAUUUUAGUUAAGUUUGGCUUCUUGAAUUUUCUUUUUGGACUUAUGCUGGUUCUUCAUAUGCCUACCAAAGAAGAAGCCAGUAAGUAUUUGAUGGCCAGAAUCUUAUCAAGGAAUUAUCAAACAAGACUCGGGCUCUCUUCGUCCCUACUUCCUAGGUUAUAUACACAGAACUGUGUGAGCAAUACUAACAGAGGAACAAAGUUAUGAGUAUAAAAGAGAAACGUCUACCUUCUCAAGUAUUUGGUAUUGCAUUGGAUUUUCCAGGUAUAUCGCUAAUCUUGCGUCUUGAAAUUGCCUCUUUCAAGAGUUUCACCUUAUCUUGGAUCUCAGUCAGCUUCUCGUCAAGCAUCUCUACUUUUUUACUAAGGUUCACUUCAUACUUUUUACUCUAGAGACUUAUAAAUUCUUCUACUUCUAUAAGAGCUUAGUACUAAACCUCCACUAUCUUUGACAUCUUUGUAUAUCGGUUUAUCACGCACAGUGCAAAAUUUCCUAUGCUUUCUAUAUGCCUUCUGUGUUUCUUUUAAAGCUCCCUGGUACCAGGCUAAUACACUUGUCAUCAUACGAAGUUCAUUCUCAAGCUUAUAGAUAUCUCUACGUCCUUCCUCUGUUGCUAUUCAUAACUUCCCCUGUGCAAUUGCUGAUUUAUUUCUUCCCUCUUUUGCAGUUAACUAAGCAACAUCUGUUGCCUCAUAUUAGAUUCUCCACAAGCUCGGUCUUUCUCGUAAUAUGAUUACUUAGCCUUAUCUGCCAAGUGCUUAUUCCCGGAACAGAAUGUAUCUCUUAUGCUACAGAAACUUCGUUUUCCACGUUCGGUUGAAUAGCUACAGCAAGUUGGUACCGGGAUUCAGUAGGAUUCACCGGAGAAUCCAUGACUGGUUUAUUUUUUCGGAUCGCUUCUUUUAGCAAUCCAAAAGGUUAAGGAGCUAAAGAGUCUUCAUUACCGUGAUUAACCAUAAUUAAUUUCCCACUUCAUAAGAAAAAAGCAGCUAAACCGAGUUUGAUAACCGGUAAGAAUAAGUAAAAUUACAUAAAUGCACCCGUAUCUUUAGUUUUAUCACGAAAAACUCCAAAAUUUCUUUGACUUUUUCAGAUUCUUUGAAAGUUUGACUACUCUUUCAGAUUCCCUUUCUUCCUCCGCUUCGAGAAACUGUAGUCGUUACUUCUGAACCUUCUGGUUCCUCCGCCGCGAAAUCUCCGGAUACAACAUUGAUCUAGCUCUCGGAAAAUGAUCUGUCAAGUCCUAAUGCAUCUCUCUAUCCUCAUCACGGCGGCGGCUGCUGCGGAGUACGGUGGGGAGGUAUUAGAGACGGAGCUCUGGUGCGUGGCGAAGAACAACGCUGAGGAUUCGGCACUUCAAACGGCCGUUGACUGGGCUUGUGGUCCUGGAGGAGCUGAUUGCGGCGAGAUCAAGCAAGGCGGAUCCUGCUACGAUCCACAGGAUAUGGUUAAGAUGGCGUCGUAUGUUUUCAAUAACUAUUACCUGAAGAACGGUCCCGCAGAUGAAGCUUGUAACUUUAGUAACAACGCAGCUGUUACUUCACUGAAUCCUAGUCAAGGAGCAUGCAAGUUUCCUUCAAGUAAGAGAGUGAGCAAUGGAAGUAUAGCGGAUGCCACUUCAACGCAGGGAACAACUGCACAAGAAUCCUCAGAUUUCAGUAGAGCAAGGAGGAUGUUUAGCAGCUGGUCAUUGCCCUUCAUUAUUAUAGGCCACAUUAUGACAAUGACACUGAUACUUCAUCAUCUUUAGCUACCGCUUGGUGAUUGAAGGUAAUCCUUUUUUUGAUCUCUCCUUUUCCUCAACCCUCGAUUUUAUGUAAAGCAAAUUGGUCAUGCAUCUUUAAUGGAUACCUGAUAUAUAGCUCUGUACUGUCUUACCACUAUGAAGAGUUAACUAGAAAGGCAUCAAUGUUAGCUGUGUAUCAAGAUUUAUCUUUUGACUAA